AUGAAGGUAUAACUAAUUAGCCUUCUUUUGUUUUAUUUGGUUACUUCCAAAAACAUACCAUUAUAAUUAGAGAUUGGGUUAAUUCAAUUUGAAGAUCUUUAGCCUGGAAAACUAUAAUAUUAAGUAUGACAAAUUGCAAAUGAAAAAUAAAGGAAAUAUAAUUUGAUCAGCCAUUUAUCCGUGUCCCUUAGGUUGCAUUAACAAUUAAUAGUCUAAUGAAUCAUAAUUCUUAGGUGUAUUUUAGUAAGAUUUACAAUGUAACAACCGAUGGUACUCUAUUUUAAACUAAAUUAAGGAUUUACAAUAGGAGUUUUGAGUGGAACAGAAUAAUAAUUAGAAUAUCGUUAUAUGGCUAUCGUUGAUGAUAGAGUAUAAGUGAAUUGUUUGAAUUUUAAAGUCAAAGAAAUUGUGUUCAUACCUUAUUUAAAGUAUUUGCAUCUAAAAUCUCUAGAUAGUUUGUAAAAGUACCUAAAUCAUGGAUAUUCUUAACUGGAGUAAGAUAAUAAAGCAAUACCUUCUCAUUUUAAUAGGGUAUCCACAACUAAUCUAAAAAUUAGAUAUCAGAAAUGAAGGAAUAAUGCUUAAAUUCCAAUCAAUAGAUACAGAAAUAUUAGGAGUUUGCGUUGUGGCUGGUGCUGUUGAUAUUCUAUAAUCUAGAAUCGAUGAUUUACCAACAUUCUAAGGAUAUAACCUAAUGAAAUAAUCUACAUCUUUAUCAAUUAUAGCAUAAUCAACAUUUAUUUGUGAAGAUGAAUGUUUAUUAUACUUUAGUAAUUCUUAUUAUAAGUUAGGAAAUGAUUAAACAAAAUAAUUAAAAAUUAAUACUGAAUUUCAUAAUUAAUAAGAAAAACCAACUUUAUCAAAAUUCAUACCAUUAAUAAAAGAAAAUCUUACAGUUACUAAAGAUAAAGUUGAAAAUUUAAUAGAAUAGACAAUUAAAAUAGAUAAAAUUGAAUAGCCACAUAUAUCUCAUGAAGAUAGUUUAAAAAAGAUGAUAAAUCAAUAAAUUUUAAAUUUAGAAGAAUAAAUAAAUCAUCCUAAUGGAAUUAAUAGUUUUGAUUCAAAUCUUAAUGAGAUAUCUUAAUAAGAAGAUAUUGAGAGUGUUAUUGAAAGUAAUAGUGAAAGUGAAGAUGAAAGUGAUAUAGAAAGUGAAAGUGAAGAUGAAAGUGAAUCAGAAGAUGAGAUUACUAAAAUUAGAAUUUCAAAACCAAUUAAUAUUGAAGAAGAAUUAUAAAAAUUAGAAAAAAUAUCAGAAGAUAGAACUAAAAAGAUUAACAUCAUUGAAUUUAAUCCAAAAGAAUCCAUUAAUGUUUCAUUUUUAUCUAAAAAUAAUAUUGAUAUGCAAGUAGAAAGUUAAGCUGAAAAACUUAUUGAAUUAAAAUAUAUUGAUAGAGCUCCUAAAUUUUCACCUAAAAUUUAAUAGAUGUUUGAAGAAGCCAAAAAGAAUAUUGAAGUUGAAUAAUCAACAUUAGAUAAAGUAGAAUCUAAAAUAAAUAAUAAAUUAUCAAUAAAAGAUUAAUUAAAAUUAAAGACUGAAAAUUUAAUGUAAUAAAUUGAAAAUACUUCAUAUUCUAAUGAAAAAGAUAUUAAUCAAUAAUUCAAUAAUAAUAUUGAAUAAUAAAUUUAAGAAAUUUCUAAUCCAUCUAAAGAAGAAUAAAGAAUAAAUUCUCCAAAUAAUGAAAUAAAACAUUCUAAAUAAACAAUACUAAAUGAAUAUGAUACAAUUUUUGCUUAAUUUGCUAAUAACAAUAAUUUAAGAUCUGUAAAACCAUAAUAACAUUUUUCUAGUCCAUUGAUUGAAACAGAGAUCAAAAUUGAACUUGUUUAAGAAGAGUAGCACAUUGAACCUAAAUAAGAAUUAAAAAUUCUUAAUCCAAGAGAAGAAAGACUAUAAAAAUAUUUGUAAAAAGCUGAUGAAGUUGAUCUCAAUUUCUUAGAAAACAUUAAACUUGUUUCAGAAUAGAGUGAAUAAUUAGAAGAUCAACAAAUAGAACAAGAAUAAAUAUAAGAAGUAUUUGAUUAAUCCAAUGUAUCAUAUACUGAAUAAUUAAAUUUAAGAAAAAGUAUAUAUUUAUAAUUUAUUUUAUAGAUUAAAUUCUUUAGGAACUUUAAUAAAAAUACAAUAUUAAAGCUACUCCAAUUUAAAGCUUUGAAGAAUUUAAAUUAAAAGUACCUUAAGAUCAGUAUCCACAAAUAUUAUAUGAGAAAUAUCUAGAAUAAUUGAAAAAACAACAGAUAGGAUCCAGCUUUAUUGAAACUGAUCACAAUGUAAGAUCUGUAGAAAACUCAUAUUAACUUGAAGCAGCCUAUUAUGAAUGGCAUUUAUAAAAAAAUAUAUGA